AUGAAAUUAGAUUAUUUAAAAGCUAGAAAUAAAAAAGAUAAUGGAAAUUUUCUUUAUGAAAAUAAUUAUGAUAAAGAAAAAACUGAAAUAGUAGAUAUUUGUAAAGAUAAUAAUUUACAAAAAGAAGAAAAAAUUGAUAAAAAUGAAGGAAGACUCAAGAUGCAACAAUCUUUUGAGAUGGAGAAUAAAACAUUAAAUGAUGAAGUAAAAGAAAAUGAAAUAAAUAAUAUAAAUGAAAAUUCAAUGAUUGAAAAAAAAAGCAACGAAUUUAAAAGUAAUAAUAAUUAUAUUAUUUCAUUAAAUGAAGAAGAUUUAAAAAGUGAUAACAUUUGUGAAAGUAAAGAAACAUCUAUAUCAGCAGAAGAAAAAAUUAAGUCUGAAAAAUAUCAAGAAGAUAUAUCACAUAAUAAUUGUUUAAAUAAUAAAAAUAAUUAUAAUUUAGUUAAAGAAAUAAAUUGCGCAGAAAACACAAAAAACGAAAUAUUUGAAAAAGUAAAAAAUAGUAAAAAUGAAGAGAAUGCUAAGGGUGAUAGCCAAUUUAAUACGAAUAAAAAAACAAAUACCUGCGUAUAUGAAAAAAAAGAAUUAUGCGAUAAUACAUGUAAAAAAAAUAACAAUGUAAAAAGUAAUUCAUUUAGCUCAGAUAAAAAAAUUCAAAACAAUGAUAUAAAAUGUGUUAAUGAUAUAAAAAUUGAUAAUUGUCCAUUGAUUGAAGAUAGUACAAUAAUAACUAAAAAUUAUAUUAAAAAUAUUGAUAUAUUUAAGUACAAUGAAAAAGAAAAAAUGAUAGAAUUACAUAAGAAUGAUAAAAAUACAAAUAUAAAUAUAUAUAAGCGUAUGUAUCAGUCAUACAUUCUUUUAAAGAGAGAACAUCAAGAAUUAAUAGAAGAAAAUAGAAAAAAAAUAGAAAGAAAUAAAAAAUUAAAAUAUGAAUUACAAAAUCUAAAGAAUAAUAAUUAUUAUUCUAACUUUUUUUUUAGACAUGAUUCAGAUAAUCUGUUUGAUGAUUUAGCAUCAGGAUUUAGUAGUAUUUUAAAAUGGAUAAAUAUAGAAAACAAAAUUGUUCAGAAAAAUCCUAUUAAUAAUAAUCAAAAAAACAAUAAUAAUUUUUUACAAAAUGAUAAGAAUGCAGGAAAGAAUUGUCAAAUAAUUUCACAAAAUAAAAUAAAUAUAAAAAAAAAAAAAAAAGUCAUAUAUCAAAAACAGGAAAGCAAAUUAUUAAAUAAUGACUUAAGUAGUAAAAAAAAAGAUUUCAUAAAAAUUGAGCAUCAUCAUAAUAAAGAAAUACAACAAUUAAAUCAGAAAAUUUUAAUUAAUGCAAACAAAGGUGAUAAAUUAAAUAAAAAUGAAAUAUGUGAAAACGAUACAUUUAAAACUACUAACGAUACUAUGAUUCAUGAUGCAUGUAUUGUUGAAAACAACGAAGAUAUAAAAAACAUUACUAAAAAGGGAUUAAAGGAAAAUAGUACUAAUAAUAAAAAUAUAGAUGAAAACUUAAUAAAAAAUGAUAAUUUUAUAAGUGAAGAAAAUAUUAGUAAUGAAAAAAAGGUUGAUACAAACUUGAUAUAUAAAGAAAGCUUUAUAAGUAAUGAUAAAGUUGAUUGUGAUAAGAGUAUAAAUAAAAAUGUUGAAAAAAAAGAAAAUUUUAUAAAUAAUGAAAAUGAUAUUAGUGAUGACAAAAGUUUAGAUAAAAGUUUAAUAAGUGAUAAAAAAUUAGAAGAAAAUAAUUUAUCUUUUCAUGUAAAUGAUAACAUAAGUAUUAAUAAUAAAUGCUUUGAUAAAAACAAAAAUAUAGGAAGAAAUAAAAAUAUAGAAAAAGAUUAUAACACAAAAGAAAAAAUAAACGUUUCAAACAUUCCAAAAAAAAAAGAAGGGACUUCAAAUUUAGUUAAUAGUAGUAAAGUUCAAAAAAUAAAAAAAAAUUCUUUCUUAUGGGAAAAGGAAAAUGCUUUUAAAAAAAAGGAAAUUAAAUAUUAUUAUAACAAGGAAUGCGAAAAAGCAAAAUGUUUUUAUAAACAGAAUAACUCUUUGUUACUAAAUGAUUCAAUAAAUGAAAAUAUUAUUGAUUAUAUAAAAAAAAAAUUAAAUAAUAGAAUUAGGAAUAUGAAAAAGAUAUCGAAAAAUGGGAAUUUGGAAAAAUCUGUAUUCCAUAUAUGCAAUUACAAGGAAGACAAGUAUAUUCCUCUAAAUUUAAGUCAUUUUUUUAUAAUUAAUGAAAAUAUGCAUUCAGAUAUAGAUCUUAGUUUAAAUCAUUUAAAAAAUAUUGAUUUUAUUUUAAAAAAAAAAAAAAAAAAAAAUUUAAUUAAUAAAAGUAACAAUAUAAAAAAAAAUAUUAUAAUGUAUACAUCAAAUGAUGGGAAUAAAGAUAAGCAUUUAAAUUUGACUAAUGAUUUAAGAAAAAAUGUUACAAAUAAUAUUAAUGUACAAAUGAAUAAAAAUAAUAAUUCACAUUAUAAUGAAAUAAAUAUUAGAGAUAUUUAUGAUGAUUAUCCGAAAAAAAAAAAGGAUUACAACUUCAAACAUUCUCAUAUAAAUUGUAAUUAUGAAAAUGGUGAAAACUCAAAAGAGAAAAAAUUUUAUUUUUUAAACAAUAUAAAAGAGAAAUAUUUUUGUAUAGUUAAUAAAUCAGGUAAAAAUAUGAUAAACAAGAAUUUUAAGAAUAUUAAAAAUAAAUCAAUGAAAAAAAUAUAUACAAUUAUUCAGAAAAACAAUAUUAAUUUUAUAUUUAAUAGAAUAGGUGGUAUAGAAAAAAAAAAUAAUAAAAAUAACAAAACAAGCAUAUAUAAAUUUAAAUUGAUUAAUAAUAGGAAAAAUGAAAUAUCGUUACAUAUAUUAAAGAAAAAUUCUAAAUAUAGAAUGAUUUUUACUAAUGUAUUUCCAAACAAUAGUCUGUUUUAUCAUAAAAAAUAUUUUAUGUUAAGAACAAAAAAAUUCCCAUUUUACAAGGGUAUAAUAAAUAAUAAUGAUAGAGAGAGAGAAUUUUUAAAAGAAAAGAAAAAAAAAAUAGAAAUUGAAAACAUUUUAAAAUAUAAUGUAAAUAAAAAUGAAAAUAAUAUUUUUUUUAGCAAUAGCAUAACAAAUAAAGAAUAUAUUUUAAAAAAAGAAAACAAAAUUUUUAAUGAAAAUAAUAGCAUCAUUAAAAAGGAUUGUGCAUAUAAAAAUAACUCUGAAGAAGAAUACGAAGUGGACAUUUAUGAUAAAAAUGAGAGUAUUGAAAGAAUUAUGGAGUAUACAAAGUCUGAUGAGGUAAGUAUAAUUACAAGAAAGGAAGUAGAAAGUACAUCUAAUAAUGAAGAUAUUAUAAAAAUAGAAAAAAUGAAACAAGAAAAAGAUAAAUCAAAUAAAAUAAAUGAAAAAAUGAAAGAUGAUAUAUUUGAAAAUAAUGUUGAUAUUUCGGUAAACAGUGAGCUUUUAAAACAAUUUAAAGAGUUAUUAACAGAACAUAUAGAAUCACUAAAUAUUUUAAGUAAAAAAAUCGAUAAAAUAGAGAAUGAAAACAAUUGUGAAGUAAUAAUAAUGGGAAUAAAGCUCGUACUAAAUGAUAAAUAUAUAUUUUUACUAGUUGAUGCAUUAAAUAGUAUAGAAAAUAUAGUAUGUAAAUGGAUUAAUAAAAAUAAGGAAAUAAUUAAAAGUUAUAUAAGAAGUAACUCUAAAAUUUAUAAAUUUUUUAAGUAUUAUGAUAUAAACAUAUAUAUUUUUUUUUGCAACCUUUUAAAUAUUCUAGAAAAUUAUAUUGAACAAUUCCCUUUUUAUUUUUCAAUUUCAUUUGAAGACUUGUUCUAUGUAUUUUAAUAA